UGCGUGUGUGCGUGGAGAACAUUUUCUGCAGGUGAUAGCGUGAUUUGUUUACGGUUUACGUUCGGAAUUGAAAUGCAGGUCGUGAUUGUGUGUUUAGAACGUGAUUUUGUUUAGAAAUUUAAAGGAACCACCGCAGACAAUAUGAGUAAACCAGCUAACAAUAAAACAAACAGUCUGUCAACCCUUCUCGGUCAGUACAUGUCCGACAGUGAUAAUGAAGAGGACCAAACAUUGAAAACCUCAACUUUGAAUGCCGUUGCUAACGAAUCAUCAAAAGGGAAGGGGUCUGAAUGCAGGGCAACAAGCUCGGCUCAACGACCGCAGAUGACUACAUUUUGGACAGAGUGUCUAGACCAGGCUAGUGGCCAUCCAUAUUAUUGGAACACAGAAACUAAGGAAGUGACAUGGGAAAAACCUGAACAAUACAUCAAUUACCUAAACUAUAUGAAAUCAGUCUACACAGUUCUACCAGAAGAUUGUUGGAGCGUGGGCUACAGUGAUGACACUCAAAUUCCAUAUUAUGUAAAUGAGAUCACAAGGGUCGUUUCGUGGGAGAAGCCAGCCAAUUUCAAAGAAAACCCUGCGAAAGAAAUGCUUCCAGCCAAGGGUACUUGCACAGAUCAGACUAGGUCGAAGGGUGGAACAGAUAAGAAAGCACGAACAAGCCGUACACGGAGUAAAAAGACAACAAAAAAAUCGUUACCCAAACACCUCCAAGCAACUGGCAGUGAUGAUGAGAAAAUUGAAAUUAUUUCUGAAUAUGUUGAAUCAGAGAAUACAAGUUCGGACGAAGGAUCGCCUAACAAAAAACCGCGGGAAAGUAAGAAUAACUCGGAAAAGUCAUUGAAUCUUGUAGCUGCUUAUGAUACAGACAGUAAUUCUGAUGGUGAAAAUGAUGCUGGAAAAGUUAUCAAACCAGUUUCCGGUGAUGAUAAUCCCAAAGUAUUGGAAGAGCCUAUCGUUGAGGGUUUAAAAGAGAAUAACACAAAUGUUCCCAAUAUUAAUACGAGUUCGUUUGCCAGUAUCAUAACUGGCGGCAAAACGGACGGCAUAGACAUGGAUGAGGAACUGAACAAAUUCAAGGAAGAAUUGGAGAAGGAUUUACAAAUGGCUGCUGCCGUGGAAAGUACUCAGGGAAGUCCAAAUGAAGCAAAAGAACAAAGUUUCGAUGAGAAGACUUUUCAACGCAAGCGACGUAUUGAGUUCAGUGCAAAUAUGCCCGGUAAAAUAGCUCCAGAUGAAAGCCGUGAAAAAUCUGGAGUUGACACUGAAAUGGAGUCGAACGCAGGUAGUGCAAUAUCAAAAGUCAAAUCGAAAUUUAUUUCGUUUCAAAAGAGUCAUGUGGAAUUUGAGUCGCGAGCAUCACCAGAAAUGGUGGUGUAUGGUCCGAAACCGCAAUCCCCGUUACAAACAGACGCAACAGAAUCAGUGUCGGUGAAUGAUAGGACAGAGAAAAAAGCUGAAAUCGAUGAUCUGUGUGACGUGAUUAGUGGUAAAGUGAAGUUUCUUUCUGUUGGCAAACCAGAAGUGUCGGCCGUUCAGAUUAUGAGUAUUCAGUUGGAGGCUCUACAGGUAGCUUUUCGGGCAUCAUGUCUAGACUCUGACUACUUUUUCAAAUGGUUGAAAACCACUUCGGAUGACCUCCAAACUCUCGAACAAAACGCAGCGCCCGAAGGAUGGGAGUGUAAAUGGGAUAGAGACAAUUCGCAGUACUGCUACAAAAACCUCCAAACCAACGAGACGCGAUGGGAAUUUCCCUGCGAGACCCCUGUUAUUGAGCAAAAGGUAGAAACUGCGAAUAGCAAUGAAAAGGUGGAGAAGCCAGUUGUAGUUGCACAUGACGAUGACGCAAUGGAUAUUAGCACAACCCCACCGCCGCCCCCGUCACCACCGCUAAUGGCCGGAAACGAUUGGACCUGGGAUCCAGGGAAUUCAGCUAUUCAGAUGGAUGCAUCUCGUCCGGCGGAUAUCAGUGGGGAAUUGGCCUCAUUCUACUCGGAUAUUGCAAGUAUUGAUCCAGCAGCGUCUAAUAUUCUUCAAAACGACAAUGAGCCCUGCGCGGAUAAAUCUAAAGGCGAUGAAAAAGUAUCACUUGAUGAGGUUUCACAGUCGACGAAACGAGGGAAAAAACGGAAAAAAGUUAAGGUUCCAGGCCUAGGAUCGAAAAUGCAAGAGGUCUCUACGAUGGUAGCCAAUUGGCAAAAAGCACAAAAGGAACUAGGAAAUUAAUAUCCUCACGCAGGCGAAUUGGUACAUACAGGUUUAAAUUUCUACAGUGAUAAAUAAGUUUACAAUUAUGGUUUAAUGUUCAAUAUCAUGGAGCAAUUGUAAAUAUAUAUAAAUAUGCAUAAUA